AUGGAAAUAUAUCUGCAGGCGACGGGGGCCUACGGAAGGCCCAAAAGCCAACAGAAGGCCAUCAUACUACAUUAUGCCGGCCCACAGGACAUCAAAGUCAGUGACCAAUUCACAUACCAGGAAGGGGAGGACGAGGGCGACCCGGAGACACUAUUGAAAAAGCUACACGACUACUGCAACCCAAGAGACAACGAAGUGUUAGAGACGUUUCGCUUUUUGAAAUUACCCAUCUGCUCCCCAUUUGAAACCUACCUAACGAAGCUAAAGUCCCAGGCAAACAAAUGUAAUUUUAAGGAGCCAGACAGGAUGAUCCGGGACAAAAUAGUGUUCUCCUCAGACAGAAAAGUGCAGGACAAAUUCCUGGCAUGCCCAGAGCUGUCCCUGAAAAGAACAAUUGAGAUUUGCAGAGCCUUCGAACAGUCAACGACCAGUGUUGAGGAAAUACGAGCUGAAACUCAGGCCCAAGUUGACAAAAUGGAAAGAACAACACAAAAAUCUACAGCUACACCCUUAGAGUGCCGAUUCUGUGGACGACACCACGCGUUCAAUAAAACAGCAUGCCCGGCUUGGGGACAGACAUGCAAGCGAUGCGGGGAAAGAUACCACUUCGCAAGAAAGUGCAACAGAGUAAAAGGAAGCACACUUGUACACAAGGCGUCAGGGUACGAGCCAGAGUGGCUAAAUACAAUAAACGCACUCAAGUCGACAAGAGACAGGCUCACGGCUGAAUUCGUAGUGAAUGGUCAAAGAGUGAAAUUCCAGUUAGACACAGGAGCCGACGUCAACAUCAUUUGUAAAAGAUUUGUCAAGAGAUGUCAAGCAGUGGAGACCACACAAACUCUAAGAAUGUGGAACAUGACUGAACAGAAGCCAGAAGGAGUUGCUGAUUUACCAAUGACAAACCCAAAAACUGGGAAAACAACUGUAGUGAAGUUCGUCGUCGUUGGAAAUAACUUCCAAUGCCUCCUAGGCUUGAUAACGUGUCAAGAACUGGACCUCAUUACACUCAACGACAACAAUUUUGUCUCUCAAGUUCAGUCAACCAACGAUAACAUAGGUGACCUAGGAGAAGCGAAACUAACCAUCGAUGCAAGCAAGUCUCCAGUGGUGUCUGCAUGCCGCAAUAUUCCUUUCGCAUACAGAGACAAAGUCAAGAAAGAGCUUGAUGUACUCGUGAAGAGAAAAAUACUGGUCCCGGUAGAGGAGCCAACGGAUUGGGUCAGUCAAAUGGCCAUUGUUCAGAAAAAAACGGAGAUUUGCGAAUCUGUAUAG